UUGGGAGUGGCUUCGCUCGCAUGGGUCCAACCCCCUAAAAACAAAACAUCUGCACUUGCAGAUCACACUCCCGAGAUUACGGAAAAAUCCCGGUCUCAGCGUUAAAAAAAAAUGUUAAACUCAACAUCCGAAAGAAGGGGUUUCAUUGAGGUUUAGCAAUCCGCAAGAUCUACUCUGCGGGAUUGAUCCGAGAGGAAGCGGAAUAUCCUCACUGGCAACGCGACGCACAGGAGCGGACUCCAUAAAGAAACGGUCACACGCUCGUCCGUGAUUGAGUCGGAGGGGGAGUUUCUUUUCUCUCUGUAGAAGAAGGGCUGCUUCUUUACAACAUGGGACAGGGAGGAGAGGACUGAACCAGGUGUUUAAGCUUCUGGAGCAGUGUUUGAGGUUUCCCAUUCGAAGGCUGAAACUGGCAAACAUGGAGGCUUCAACCAUACUGCCUACCCUGAAGAAAAAGUUGGCCUUUCUGUCAGGGGGCAAGGACAGACGCAGCGGCCUCAUCCUGACCAUCCCGCUGUGCACGGAGCAGACCAGCAUGGAGGAGCUCAGCACCACCCUCGACUACUUGCUCAGCAUCCCCAGCGAGAAGUGCAAGGCCAGAGGAUUCACUGUGAUAGUGGACGGGAGGAAGUCCCAGUGGAACGUGGUGAAGACCGUGGUCCUGAUGCUGCAGAAUGUAAUACCAGCGGAGGUGUCCCUUGUGUGUGUGGUCAAACCGGAUGAGUUCUGGGAUAAGAAGGUCACCCACUUCUGCUUCUGGAAAGAGAAGGACAGGCUGGGCUUUGAAGUUAUUCUUGUCUCUGCCAAUAAACUUACACGGUACAUUGAGCCUUGUCAGCUGACAGAUGAGUUUGGAGGAAGUCUUGUCUAUGAUCACAUGGACUGGCUGAACAAAAGACUGGUGUUUGAGAAAUUCACCAAGGAGUCCACCUCCCUCCUGGAUGAGUUGGCCGUCAUCAACGAGAACGAGAAAGGAACUCAGCCGGACAAAGACCGGCCUGCAGAAUGUAACUUCCUGCCCUCGUUUGACCCUGAGACAGUCCUUCAGAAUGGACACGAGCUGCUAUCUGAGCUGCAGCAGCGGCGGUUUAACGGCUCAGAGGGGGGUACGGCCUGGUCCCCGAUGGACGACGAGCUGCUGGCCCAGCCGCAGGUGAUGAAGCUGCUGGACUCCCUGAGGGAGCAGUACACCAGGUACCAGGAGGUGUGCAGGCAGCGCAGCAAGCGCACGCAGCUGGAGGAGAUCCACACCAAGGUCAUGCAGGUGGUGAAUUGGCUGGAGGGGCCCGGCACGGAGCAGCUCCGCACGCAGUGGGGGAUCGGAGACUCCAUCAGGGCAUCCCAGGCGCUGCAGCAGAAACACGAGGAGAUCGAGAGCCAGCACAGCGAGUGGUUUGCGGUGUACGUGGAGCUGAACCAGCAGAUCGCGGCCCUCCUGAGCGCGGGGGACGAGGAGGACCUGGUGGAGCUGAAGGGUCUGCAGCAGCAGCUGAGUGACGUGUGCUACAGGCAGGCCAGCCAGCUGGAGUUCAGACAGAACGUGCUGCAGUCUGCCCACGACUUCCACGGCACCGCCCAGGACCUGUCCCAGCAGCUGGACGGCCUACUGGGCAUGCUCUGUGCGGACGUGGCCCCGGCCGACGGAGCCGCCAUCCAGCAGACGCUGAAGCACCUGGAGGAGAAGCUCAAGUGUGUGGAGGGAACUCUACAAGGGCUGAGGGAGAAAGGACAGGUUCUGCUGGAGCAAAUCUCCACUCAGACGUCCUGGUCGUACGGGAAGGACUUGACUAUCGAAAACAAAGAGAAUAUCGAUCACAUCCAAAGCGUCAUGGAAGACAUGCAGCUGCGGAAACAAAGGUGUGAGGACAUGGUGGAUGUGAGGAGGCUGAAGAUGCUGCAGAUGGUCCAGCUUUUUAAGUGUGAGGAGGACGCAGUGCAGGCUGUGGAGUGGCUGGGUGAGCUUCUGGAUGCUCUUCUGAAGACUCACGUCAGGCUAGGAGACGACGCACAAGAAUCCAAAAUCCUGCUGGAGAAACACAAAAAGUUUGUGGACGUGGCACAGAGCACCUACGACUAUGGCCGGCAGCUGCUGCAGGCCACGGUGGUGCUGUGCCAGUCGCUGCGCUGCACCACCCGCUCCUCCGGAGACACCCUGCCCCGCCUCAACCGCGUCUGGAAGCAGUUCAGCGUCACCUCCGAGGAGAGGGUGCAGAGGCUGGAGAUGGCAGGCGUCUUCCACACUGCUGCCGAGAAGGUCCUGAAGGAGAACCAGGAGCAGGGCGAUGUGGGCGUGGACUUUGAGGCGUACCAGGAGGUGGAGGCAGUCGGGAGGUCUCUGCUGGACAGACUAACAGUGCCUGUUGUUUUCCCUGAUGGGAGUGAGCAGUACUUUGGCAGCCCCAGUGACAUGGCCUCGUCAGCCAAACACAUCAGGGACAAAAUUAAGCUGGUGGAGGUGAAGAGGAUGCAGCAGGAAGUGGCGGAGCAGCAGGAGGAAGCGGAGCUCGAGACGGGCUCCCAGGACAGCUAAUGUCGUCUCUCUGCCGCCCCGCUACAGAGGAGCCAGAGAACUCCCUAAAAUACAGCACCGCGCCUGCCGCAAGUCCCAGCGCCCAACGCAGCCUGACCCUCGCAGGGGGUCGUUAGGUCCCUUCCAUCUCAGUUGUGCUCCACCUUGCCAAGCCAUAUUAACAUACUCCUGCUCAGCUACGGAGGGCUGCCCUGCUCCUGCUACCUUGCGUAUAGGGAAGUGAGACUGAACGAUUGCACUCAAGCGUUUCCUCCAAAGCUUUACUUCACCUGUCACCUGUCCUCAGCAGACAGGUGACCUCAGCGCCAGAGGUGUUUGUAGAGGUGUAGAAUGUAGAGAGAGCACCAUCUGUCCUUUUUUUCAUAUUUUGUGGUGCUGUAGAAUUCCUAGGCCUUAGGUGAACUUCCUGUUUGUAGACAGUAAGCAAUGUAUUUUACAUUUGCUUUUGUUAAUUUGAUUUUUUUAAUACCUUCAGAGGUUGCUGCGUCUUUAUUGUGGCAAUACGCAAAGCUAUCCCGAAGGCCUUUUAUACAAGCGCAAACUGCCUAACCCACCGUUUUAGAUAUACAAGGACUCUACAUUGUGCAGGUAUGUAAACCAUCUUAUAAAAACGUUCAGAUUACUGUGAUAAUUGUGCACCACAAAGGUACAAUAUAAACGCU